AACAGUAAUAGAUGGUCGGUCAUUGAGUUAUCCGCUCCAUUUCUUUAUCACAAGGUCCGAAUUCUCUAUGCUGCUAUUGAAUUUGGAGAGCGGAUUCAGUUUUCGACUGAGGGCUCGUUUUACUUGGCAUAUGUUCUCUGUGUAUCCAUUACCAUGAUCAAUGUUGGUAAUCUGACGACUGAAGUGGGUCAGCUAGAAAAUCCUAGAAUUUAUUGUUCAUUCAGGAGGGAAAGGAGGAAAAGAAAGCAAAUCAAAGGAGCAAACAAGAGAGAAAACUCCAAGAAGCAAUUGAAUAUGUCAGCUCUCUUCAAUUUUCAUUCAUUUCUUACGGUAGUGCUGUUAGGGAUCUGUACCUGCACUUAUUUGAAGAUGCAAUUUCCAGCACUUCUUGAGCAAAAAACUGGAACACCUUUUGGUAAUUGUUGUUGCAUUUGUAACCUUGAUUUUUAUAUUGAGUAUGUACAUCUUGCAGGUUUCGAGGGUUUUUUUUGGAAGGCUGCUAGAAUAGGUGAGCGAUUGAGCCCCUGGGUAGCUGUUGGAUGCUUCACUAUGGGUUUUGCUUUUGCAUAUUAG